AUGCACGACCUGAUUGCUUCCCUUGAGCCUGAGAUGGAAUACAUCUGUAAGGUCAGCGGCGCAACUGAACUCUCACUCUCCGUCGUGUCGGGCGGAAAAGAAGCAUACGCAAAACAUCUAGGUUUUCGAGACGUCGAGGCUAAGAAGGCUCCGGAUGUUGAUACUACUUACUUCAUUGGCUCCGUCACCAAGGACAUGGUGGCCGCUUUGCUGGGCAUACUUGUUGAGGAGGGAGGGCUCCAGUGGUCGGCUCACAUCGCCUCAAUCUUGCCCGAACUUCAAGAUUCGUUCGAAGCCAGGGUGGCUCGUAGCGAUGGUAUCUGGAUCCAGCGGGCCGGGAAUAUUCUACUCCCUAAAUCAGAAAGCAUACGAACUUGGGUGGCUCAACCUGUUGUCAGGGACUUCAGGUCUGGCUUCCUUUACAACAACUAUGCUUAUGGCGUGAUCGGCCGAGCCAUAGAGAAGAUUGAGGGCAAGAGUCUUGAGGAGACCUUCAAAGAGAAAUUAUGGGAGCCACUGGGGAUGCAUCGGACAUCUAUGGAGGAUAUUCCUGGCAAUUCCAACGCAGCCAAGGCAUACUACGCACCGGAUGAUGCUACUUCAUACGGGGUUCCCAUUCCCACUAUAUCACAUGAAACUAUCAUGAGAGCUGCCGGCGCCAUUCGAAGCUGUACUAAUGACCUAGCAAAAUACUACAGCAAUUUUAUGCACGCAGCAAAUCAUCAGUUCAGCAACAAGACGGCAUCAACUCCAAACUCGCCAUUCAAGCAACUCACCACAAUUCUUCGUCCUUACAAUCAACUUGAUCUUAUCUCUUUCAGUGAGCAGUCUUAUGCUCUAGGCUCGGGUCGUGCACAGCUGCCCUGUCCUCUAGGAACUUUGAGCUACAACUACUUGCUCACGGCCAUCCUCCCUAUGCAGAACUCAUCAGGCUUAGGUGAUGCAUGUGACUGGAUUCCUCAUAUGAUUAUCCAGAAACUGUCGGGUAGCACUGAGAACAUUGACUUUCGGCAGCUUUCUUCCAUGGCUGCGAAGGCGGCUCCAGCUCUUGCUGAGAAGAUUGAACCUGACCUUGAGAAGGGACGAGAGAGGGGUACCAAACAUCUUGGCCUCGAGGCAUAUACAGGCCACUACUGGAACGCACUUCACAACUUCCGUAUCGACGUCAGCGUCCGUCAUGGCCGUCUCUACAUGAAGUUUCAAGGUAUUGAGAAUGAAAAUUAUGAGCUGAGAUAUUAUUAUCACCACUCCUGGAUAUGGAAUGUGUCGCAUAACGACACGGCAAAGCAAGGGCGAUUCCCGACAAGACCUUGGAGCUCGUAUAUAAUCGAAUUUAAUUGCGGGGAUUAA